AUGUUGGUCGCGGAUGUUCAGGAUUCAUGCCCGGCUCUCACGGAAAUGGAAAACGCCAUGGUCAACUGGGUUGGAAGGGCACUAGGAUUUCCGGAAACAUUUCUCUUUCAGGAUUCUCCACCUGCCAGUCAAGGAGGCGGCACGGUAACGGAGUCAGGAUCGGACGCAAUUCUGUGUGCAGUUCUGGCGGCUAGGCAAUGGAAAAUCAAUCAGAUCAUAGAAGAAGAAAAGCGCAAAGGAGGAUCAAAGUUUGACACAAUCCACGACAUUGGAAAGCGACUUGUUGUCUACAGUAGCAAAGACGUACGUCUUCUUCACGUGUUCUUUACAGCUCAUUCCUGCAUCGAAAAAGCGUGCAAACUGGCCAUGCUGCGAUGUCGACCAAUUCAACCCCUGGAAGAAAAUCAGUGGGGAAUCACCGGCGAACAAAUCGAAGAGGAGAUUAAAAAAUCGAUAACGCAUCUAGGACCUCGAGAAAGGCUUGAUACCAUGCUUCAUCAACUGCACCCUCGGGACAUCGUCAACUGCAUCCUGCGACAAGCUGACAUCAAUCUGCCCUGUCUCUUCUAA